CAUUUCAUCGAGGUGUUUUGAAUAUUUCACCUGUAUAAAUCUUCUGUCGUGUAACAGUCGCGCAGCAGACGGCGGCACGUCAAAGAAUGUAAACAAUUGUCAGGUACCUGAAGCACGAUGGACACACGCGGACAAGUAGCUUUAAUUUUAGUUUUCCUUGUACUCGAGACUUCCGGGUUAUCGGACUUAGAAUACGCCAAGGAAUACAACAGCAAAGAGGGAAACCUCAAAUCGAAACCGGAACUGAGACUAGACGAAGCAUGGCUCACAAUCAACUCCACUGUUAAUUUCCAUAUACUGUUAUACUCAUUAAAUGAUGAGUGCUGGAAGUGCGACCCCGUGUUUGUGGACACUAUCCCGAAGUUUAGUAUAUACACUGUAAAAGUGAACACAACAUUUGGUACCACCAUCUACCUGAAGGAGAACGACCUGACAGGGACAAACGAUGAAACCUUCUGCACAUUUCACAAGAAAUUUACUGAAACCGGAGAUUACUGGGUUUUCGUGUCCAAUCAAGAAUUCCUUAAUCAUGACUGCAUUCUUCUCCAGACCAAUGAUCCACUUCCGGCAGAGAUGCCGAUAGUAUAUGUGUUUGGCGGCCUCCUGGUUCUCUGGGUCAUUGGUGACAUGGUAGUCCGGCUGGACAGAAAAUACAAUAAAUCUCAAUCUGUCAACAUUACGGACCCAGAAAACGCACCCCGCAAUCUACGAAUGAAGCAUCUUCGUCAAACAUCUAACGGUUUUUCCAAUGUGAAUGGCGACAUUGAUGCCGCGGACAACGGAAGCGAGACACCACAACAUUACUCUACACACAAGAAACGAGAACGGCUGAAGUCCCUGGACACGUUUAGAGGGUUGAGUCUGAUCAUCAUGAUAUUUGUUAACUACGGUGGAGGAGGAUACUGGUUUUUUGAACAUCCUCCGUGGAAUGGAAUUACUGUUGCAGAUUUAGUGUUUCCAUGGUUUAUUUUCAUCAUGGGGACAGCGAUGAACUACUCAUUUCGUGGGAUGAUGAGGAGGGGGACACCCCGGUACAAGAUGUUGUUCAAAGUCGUCAGACGGGCUAUUCUUCUGUUCUUCAUCGGGAUCGUUCUAAACACGAACUGGGGGCCCGUUAACCUGAACAACAUCCGGAUACCUGGCGUAUUACAACGCUUCAGCUUGACCUAUUUAAUACUUGGUCUACUUGAAAUCUGUUUCUCUCGCUAUGAUACCCCUGAGAAAUAUCAGAACAGAUGUUGGUCACCCUUUAGAGACAUCCUGCUGUUCCUUCCGCAAUGGAUUCUGUGCCUGGGGAUUCUGGCUGCCUAUAUAUGUCUGACUAUGCUUCUUCCAAUUGGCGAUUGUCCCACGGGAUACAUUGGUCCGGGAGGUCUGCAUGACUCCGGUAAAUAUUACAACUGUACGGGAGGAGCCGCCGCGUACAUUGACAUGACGGUCCUGGGUAGGAAUCACAUAUACGGCAAACCCACGCCACAUAUUAUCUACCAAACCAUAACUCCACACGAUCCUGAGGGCAUUUUGGGCACUUUAUCUUCCGUAUUCCUUUGCUUUUUAGGAUUGCAGUCUGGCCGGAUUCUGUUGUAUUACCUCGGUCACGCCAGCCGUGUGAUCAGAUGGCUUAUCUGGGCGCUCAUCACAGGAGCCAUAGGAGGAACUCUGUGCAAGUUUUCCAUAAAUGAUGGCUGGAUUCCCCUCAACAAGAACCUAUGGUCCGUUUCGUUUAUCUUGGUGACCGCGUGUUUCGCCUUCAUACUUCUUUCCUUGCUGUACCUCAUCAUCGAUGUCGCCAAAAUUUGGGACGGAACACCCUUUAUAUUUCCCGGUAUGAAUUCCUUAGUGGUCUAUGUGUGUCAUGACGUCUUUUACCGAUUUUUCCCCGUUAAUUGGGCCAUGGAAAACCCUUUACACUGGCACCUCUUGCUGAAGGCGGUCUGGGAUACAGCUAUAUGGGUUGUGCUAGCUUAUAUUUUAUACAGAAAGAAGAUAUUUGUUGCCCUCUAGGUGUGCCAUGUGGUGUCAUGAAUAGUAUAUAAAAAUCACGGGAAGAUGACAGCAUGAGUUUAGAAUACUUUUGCGAAAUGCUGUCAAAUUUUCUCAUUUUAUUGUACAUGUAUUUAGAACCAUAGUUAUUGUCUCACAAAUUCAAGAAAAUUAGUUUAUUGCCAUUGUAUAUUAGCCUUGUGAUACAUAUAUUAGCCUUGUAGCUUAUUGAUAAGGUGAUUGUGCCCUCCAUUUACCGAAUCGUUUUAGAAAUGUGCUGAAAUGUUAAACGCCAUUUUUAUGUGGAGUAUUUACACAGUUUAUAAUUUUCUUAGCGAUCUGUGCACGCAUCCACUUGAGUAGAAUAUAUAGAGUGUUCGUCUGAAUUUAGAAUAUAUUGCUGAUCCUUCAUCUUAUUGUCAGUGAAUAAAAUUUCUUUUCAACAUGCA